GUACUCUAGCAUCCCAUAGAAAUGCGGACGAUUCGCAAGUGUUGGUACCCCUCCUCGUAGAAGAUUGGCAGGCCUGUGUAUCAGCUGAUGUAAACAAAGCGCCAUUUUCAAACAGUUCAUGCUGGAGUGUACACGCUUCUCGCAGCUCAACACCACCAUGGCUACCAGGGACCUAAAAGGCACACCACUCUCUUACGCCCAGAAGUUGUAUCUCGUGAGACAAAUUAGAGAUCACCCUGUGGUACACACGAAACCUUCAAACUAAACUAGUAUACUGGAGAGAAAAGCCGCGUGGGAGACAAUAAAGAACUUCAAUGUAUGUUUCUCCACGGCGGAGCCCAAGAAUACUCAUCAGCUGAAGAAGACUUGGGAGUACUUAAAGAAUAAGCGCUGCCGAUACAAAGGCCUCAGAAGAAAUUCUGCGUCACCUGUAGCAUCAAGAUCAAGAUCAAGAUCCCGGCAUCGCCGACCGUCCCCCGAGUCACCUGUAACAUCAAGAUCAAGAUCACCUGAACCUUAGGUUGCGGAAAGACUAGAACACAACACUGAAGGGAAGGAAGACUUAUCAAGUGAUAAAAAGUGGAAGAGGUCACAAGAAGAAGAAGGUUAUUCCUGUAAAACACUUCUGUACUUAGUAUUCAAUGGCUGGAAGUCGACUAGAAAAAAUUGGAACCAUAUUCACAAGGGCAACAGGACUACUGAAAUCUGGUGCAGUGAAGCCACAAGACAAGCCACUGUGGUAUGAUGUUUAUGAAGCUUUCCCUCCAAGAUACGAGCCUCAUUAUGAUAGAUCACAUAUCAGAAAGGAAAUCAAGCAAAUCUUUUAUCCAGAAGAUGUCAUUAGGGGGAAAUUCUACAGAAAGUAUGGCUCUCCAGGAAUCAUCAAUCUUUCUGAAACAAAUGCUCGAUCCUCAUUGUGUCAGUUGUUUGUGGCUGAGUACAAACACCUGGAAGCAGACAGCACCCUUACAGAAGACAGACUUAUGGAAGAAGCUGCAUUGGCUCUUGAGACUAGUGGAUUUUACUUGGAUCAUUUUCAACAUCCUCAAAAGGCUGAUGUAAGAUUGCAUGUUAUUUUUUCCUAGAAUUCUACUUCACUU